GGGGCUUACAUAGGGCUUGCAUUAGCUGAGUUAGAGACUUUGAGAAUGGAAUUUGACUGAUGGCUUAUAGUGGACAAAGAGAAGAAAUCAGUUUUGAUCAAGAUGAGAAAUUCAAGUUCAAAUAAAGAUAGAGUCUCUCUUAGUAGUUAUGCAAAGUCACAGAAAAGCCAAUAUGCUGGCAUCAAACAUCCGCCAGCAUCAGCUAGGCUAUCUAAAAGAGUAUUUAACAAUAAAAUGCUUCUGACUGGAUCUUCAAUUCAAAAUCCAACUAGCAAGAGGAAAUAAUUCGGAAAGUAAUCGAGGAGGAGAUUCUGGUUCAAAAUCUCGUAAAAGGCCUAUGACUAAGGGAUCAAUAAGAGGAUCGGUCAAAUCUGAUCUCAAAAGUACUAAAGAUUUUCAGAUAAGGAAGCAUAAUAAUGUGAGGAAUGCAUACCCAAACAGAGAAGGAAAGAUAGCAAGUGGAUAUGACUUUGCCACCGAGCAGUCUGAGCCAAAGAAUUUAGAUAUGCAAAGAGAUGGGCUCUCUCAAUCAGACAAUAUGUAUAAGAACCUUCCAUCAAGAAAGAUUUCUGGGCUCAAUGAUAACCAAGAUUAUUUACAAUCUAGUGAUGGAUUCAAAAUCCUUCAGACAUCAAAGAUGGCUCGCCCCCAAACUGCAAAAUAUGAUGGUAUAAAAAUUCCGAUUACCUCUGUUAAUGGAAAAACUCUAGUAAAGGUUCCGGAGGAUAAUCUGGAAGUGUCAUCCCAAUAUUGGAAGCAUAAGACAAUACAUAAAUCUUCUUCGGCUGCUCAAUUCUCUCCUCAGCUUCUUCACCAAAAGCAAAGGAACAUCCACACAAGUCAAGGGGCUCGUGGAACAGACAAUUUCAUAAAGAGAAUUGAAAAGCGUGCAAUCUCUGCCACAAGAGGGCUCAGAACUACUUACAAAGAGAAGAAAUUAAAAAUUGACUUGAAGGCCAAAUACAAAAUGCUGAUCAUGAACUGGGGAAAGGAACUUGAAAAGCAUGAUAAAAUCCUUGAAAAGUUCCAUAUAUUCACUCCUCUCAAGUAUGAUAUAGAUGCAACGUUCCAUAAGUUAUUCUCUAAUAAAUCCAAAGGGCUGAUUAAGCAGAAACUAGUACAGAAAAGAAAAGGGAAUCUGAUGAAAGCAGGAUAUUUAGAAAAUGAAAUUGACCUCAUGUUUGAAAAUGAUCCCAAUGCCAAAAACGCUAACCACAACGUCGAAAAUCAGGACCUCCUUCUAGGAUCUAAGUAUGAGGAAGGAGAGAACAAGGAAGAGCUUGAGAAGAUAGAGAACUCACAAGCAGAUAUCAUAAAUCUCAAAUCUCCACAGCCAAAGUUACCUGAUAUGAUCAGUCAAGAAUCUGUAGAGAAGAUCCAGCCCCAAACUGUUGAGAAAGAACGAGAUAAUGAUCUUAAACCAAAGAUAUUGGUAGAAGAAAUUUUGCAAGAGGAUGAACAUUCAAAUCCAUUAAUCUCUCAGGAAAAAGAAGAUCUUGAAGGCAUCAAAAGUGUUGAAAAUCUUGAUAAGACUCCUAUAAAAAUUAGAGACCAUGAAGAGGAAGAUUUCAAAGAUGUUGGAUCAGCAUAUUCUUCUCCAUUCAAGAACAAUGCUGACCAACUCGAAAAUUCUGAACAAUUCACGACAAUUAACAACAAGUUCAAAUUAGAAGAGGAUUUCCUUGAUAAGGACAUCCAGAUGAGGAUCCGUGAUAAAGACGUAGUCUUUAUCUACGAAAUUGAUGAUAUCAUCAAGGAAAUUACUUCAUCAAAGAAGCUUAAACCUCUUGAUGAGCACCCUGAAAUCCUUGACACACUAAACAGGUUUUCCAAACUGUUCAGGCACUAUAUCAGAUACAGAGUGGUAGACAUCGGAGAUUUAAUGGGAGGCCUCUUCCUUGAUGGCUUCUGGAAGACACUCCUUAUCACCAUGGAUAACAUUCUACAGAGCAUUGAUGAGAGAUUCAAGAGAAGAGUUGUAAAACUCCAGGACCAGUUUGCUAAAGUUAUAGAGAAAAUGAAUAAAAAACUGGAAGAUAAAGACAAGGAAAUGAGAGCUAUGGACCAAACUGAAUACAUUGAGGCUCUUAAGGAAAGACUUGAUCUUAUUAAGAAAGAAAAAUUGUCAUUCCAAAAACUUGCCCAAGACAAGCUCGAUUUCAUUGAGAUGCUCACUAGUAACGAUAAGAAAUAUCCUGGCUUUACUGAUUCUAAGGACCUCUAUGACACUGCUAGAGAGUUGAUAGAAAGUUUACACUUGGAAAGAAAGAAUAGGACCAUAACUGUCCACAAGCUUGAGGAUAUCUUUGAUACGGGGAAGAAAAUCAGAGAGACACAAAAUGUCGAAAUCCAAACUGAAAUGAGCUGAAUUACACCUCUAAAAGUCAAAGAGAUAAUACUACCUUCUCUAGAUGACCAUCAAAUAAUGGAGAGUUUUAGUCACCCGUUUUCGGGAGUUUUCAAAUUCUUAAACCAGGAUACUGUUGAGUUCCCAAAGAAGCUUGAUUUUAACAUUCAACCCAUGAGCAAAGUGUUUAUCACCAGUGAGGAAAUACUCAAUACAAUAGGAACUAAGCUUCUCGAGUACUCCCAAAACUACGAGAUCGAGAUGCUAAGUAAAAAUAAAAAGAAAUAAGAGUCCUAGAGGAAGAUCAAGAAGUCCUAAGAGAAAGAAGAAGAAGGGUAAAGGCCCUGAAUUCUUAGACCUCUCUUUCCUCAGAAUCAAUCCGAAUUACCCAACUAUCGAGACAAUCUAUCUGCAACAGUUCUGAGACCAAAAUGAAAGAGGGAAAGUUAUUGAGAAUAUCGAGGAAUCUACUAUGUCAAAGAGACUAAGAACAAAAGAGAUCACUUUCAGAACAUUAUCAACUGAAUUAUACCAAUAUUGAUACUCCUUAUCUCUAUAUCCGAACCUAUACUCGUCAAAAAUGCUAUCAAUGAAGACAGGGUUUCUUAAUAACGAAACUGUCAUUAAAACCAACCCUCAAAGAAACACCAGAUCCGAGUACAGACAGAUAGUCAAGCAACUCUUUUUGCAACUAAGAAUUAAGUUCUUGCAGUAUGCUAAGGAGAAAGAGUUCUUAGCUGAGAAAGAUCUAAGUGACCCUGAAAUUAACUUCCCACACAAUGAUAUCAUUAAUUUCCUAAGAGAAUACCUGAAAGAUUUCAGACCUCUUUGAGAUAUGAUCAUAAGUCAGAUGUCCACCUACAUCUUCAGAGUUAUGCUUCCCAAAGUACCUGAAGGUGAAGGCGAAGGAGAGCCUGAAGCUGAAGGCGACAAUCAUGAAGAGACUAAAAAUGAAAAUAAAGACGAGAAUCGGGAAGGAGGACAGGAAGGAGAGCAACAGGAAGAAGAAAAUCAAGAGCCUCAACUGCCAUCUGACCUUCAAGAAGAAAUUGAUGACCAAGAUGAUGACAGUAACAUCACAGAUCCGUUAGAAAUUAAGAAAAGAUUCUUAUUCAGAUGCAUCUGUAUUCAGCUAUAUAAUAGCGACUUGCAAAUUUCAAAGAAGCUUCAUCAGUUCUUUGACCCUGAGAAGAAAGGAUACUGCUCAAUGCAGCAGUGUAUCUUUACCUUACUUAAUUAUUACAAAAUUGUGAUGCUUCCAUCAGACUUAGAGCUAGUCCUCAAUGAUUUCAUAAUCAAAGAGCAAGAGCUAGAAUCUCCUGAGGAUCUACUUAAUGCAGAUUUUGAUAGUAAACAUGUCAAUAGAGUUGACUUCAACGUGUUCUUGCAAGAAGUUACUAGGCCAUAUGUAUUCCAAGUUUCAAAGAAGGAACUGUUCAUUUCCUACCACAACUUCAUGACUCUUCUAAUUGACUGUAUAAAUGACCUGAUAGAUACUUGUAAAGAUGCAUUAGGAGACCUCUUCUUAAAUGAUAUGAAAGAAUCUGAAAUAAACUCUUAUGACUCAUUCACUAACUUUCUCUGAGAGGUUCUUGGUGAGGAAUAUAAAGUACCUAAUGAGGACUGCUGCCAUGUUUUCGUCAAUACUUUCAGUGCUAAUAAGUCAAUUAUUUCAGAUGCAAAUUUCCAACCACCUUCAGAAGACCCUGAAUAUUCUCCUCUCAAGAUUAAACCAGUGGAAGAUGAAGCUGAAGGCGAGGACGAAGAAGGAGAAGAAAAGGAAAAAGAUGACCCAAAGCUACACACACAGAAGAGCCAGCUGAAUUUUGGCAAACUUGUUGCCAAAGCUACUGAAUAUUCUUCAGAUCUCUCGAAAGGCAAUGAAAUUCCUAGAGCUCUAGAAUUCAGCAGGCAAUGUGAGAUUGUAUUCCUGAAGCAUUUUGGAUUUAAAUAUAUCAUGAACCCUAAAAUUCUUGGAAAGCACAAGGACUUCAGCCAAAUCUUCGAGUUCAUAGCUAGAGAGUCAACUGGACUCAACGUAGUCAAGAAGAAGAGACCAAGGUCACCUAAGAGGAAGAAGUCACCUAAAAAUAAAUAA